AGUAUGAGUCCAACCGCUGUGGGGUAUGGUCGCUUUGCUGAUCUAUCAAAACAUUUGAACAGAUAAACUUGAUACAAAUCGAACGUUUACACACGAACAUUGUCAACAAAAUAGCUAAAGUUUUCAACAAUGGAUUUCGUUCUAUCAUUUAUCCCUUACUGAAUUACAGACUAAUUGAAAAUUUCUGAGGAAAUUCAAAUUUUACCACCGCGAGUGAGUGUUAGUGUGUGCCAAUAUGGCGGACGUGCAACAAGAGGCUUGUCAAAACAAAACAGAUGCGAAUAAUAAAUCGUCAACCGAAAAUGAAGAGGGCGGCGAUUAUUUCAAAAAGGGGCUCCAACGCGGACGUAAGGGGGCCCUCAAGAAGAAAAACGUUUACAACGUCAAAGACCAUAAGUUUAUGCCCAGAUUUUUCAAGCAACCGACGUUCUGCUCGCAUUGCAAGGAUUUCAUUUGGGGUUUUGGAAAGCAGGGUUUUCAAUGUCAAGUAUGCAGUUUCGUCGUUCACAAACGAUGUCACGAAUACGUUACAUUCACGUGCCCCGGCGCAGACAAAGGAGCAGAUAGCGAUGAUAUGCGCACCAGGCACGCGUUUCGGGUUUGCACGUACUCAUCACCAGCAUUCUGCGAUCAUUGCGGAUCCCUGCUCUAUGGCCUGAUACACCAAGGAUUGAAAUGCGAAGCAUGUGAUAUGAACGUACACAAACGAUGCGAGGAGUCGGUUCCAAAUCUAUGUGGCUGCGAUCACACUGAACGACGUGGGAGGAUACAAUUGACAAUCACUUGUAUAGCCAACAAACUCACAGUUGAAGUUCGACAAGGAAGAAAUUUGAUACCAAUGGAUCCUAAUGGACUAUCUGAUCCUUAUGUGAAACUUAAACUGAUACCAGAUUCGGAUAAUGUUAAGAAGAAAACUAAAACUAUAAGAUCUAGUCUCAAUCCAGUUUGGAAUGAAACACUUGUAUUUGAACUCAAACCAUCAGACAAAGACCGAAGGCUUUUGAUAGAAGUUUGGGAUUGGGACAGAACAUCCAGGAACGAUUUUAUGGGAUCACUUUCCUUUGGUAUAUCCGAAAUUAUAAAAUCGCCAGCAGAAGGUUGGUACAAGCUGCUGACUCAGGAAGAAGGUGAAUUCUACAAUGUGCCAGUACCGGAGGAGGGAACUGAUUUGGCGCAACUUAAAACGCAGAUGAGGAAAACAUCUAUAACCAAAAGGCCAACAUUACCAGCUGAUAAAGAUGUUCCACAUAAUAUGAGUAAAAAAGAUGUGAUACGAGCCACAGAUUUUAAUUUCCUCAUGGUUUUAGGAAAGGGAUCCUUUGGAAAGGUUUUAUUAGCAGAGAGGAAAGGUACGGAUGAACUAUAUGCAAUCAAGAUUCUGAAGAAAGAUAUAAUAAUCCAGGAUGACGAUGUCGAAUGUACUAUGGUUGAAAAACGCGUUUUAGCGUUAUCAUCUAAACCACCAUUCUUAGUCCAAUUACAUUCUUGUUUCCAAACCAUGGAUCGAUUAUAUUUCGUUAUGGAGUAUGUAAAUGGAGGAGAUUUAAUGUUUCAAAUUCAGCAGUGCGGGAAAUUCAAAGAACCGGUGGCAGUGUUUUAUGCUUCAGAAAUUGCCAUAGGCCUAUUUUACUUGCACGCACGAGGAAUAGUAUACAGAGAUUUAAAGCUGGAUAAUGUAUUGUUGGAUCAAGAUGGUCACAUCAAAAUUGCAGAUUUUGGAAUGUGCAAAGAGGGCAUUACAGGAGACAAAACUACGAAGACUUUUUGUGGAACGCCAGAUUAUAUAGCACCAGAGAUAAUUCUGUAUCAGCCGUACGGUCGAUCAGUCGAUUGGUGGGCCUAUGGAGUAUUGCUCUACGAAAUGUUGGUCGGUCAACCACCUUUCGAUGGCGAGGACGAAGAAGAACUUUUCGCCGCUAUCACGGACCAUAAUGUUAGUUAUCCGAAAAGUUUAUCCAAAGAGGCUAAAGAAGUUUGCAAAGGGUUGUUAACAAAGAAUCCACUUAAACGGUUGGGUUGCGGAGUUAGAGGCGAAGAAGAUGUCAGAGGUCACGCUUUCUUCAGGAGGAUAGAUUGGGACAGAAUUGAAAACAGAGAAGUUCAACCUCCUUUUAAACCUAAAAUUAAACAUAGGAAAGAUGUAUCAAACUUCGACAGACAAUUCACAAGUGAGAAGGUUGAUUUGACGCCAACUGACAAACUCUUCAUGAUGAAUUUGGACCAAACCGAAUUUAUGGGAUUCUCCUAUCUCAAUCCAGAAUUUGUGCAGCAUGUCUAAGAAAUUUAGG